UGAAUCAAGUCAGUCAACCUGAUCACACUACCUGCGUAUAACGCCGUAUAUAUCCCACACUUUUUUCUGUGCAUCCAGCCUACCGAGACCUGCAGUCUAACCGCCCAUCCCUUCCGACAAACUUUUAAGUUGGCGCGGUUGAAUUCCUGGCCCAUUAUUCCGUACCCAUUGCGUCAAUCAAAACCCAGGGUUAGUGGUGUGCCUAGUAUUGUCAAUCGGUUGCGACAAUGGACAUGGACAAGUUGCUUGUCCUUACCGAAGAUUUCGGGGAAUGGGACCUCCUAAAGCCCCAGGACAAGGAAUUAUUCGAGUCGAGCAGCUACGAAGAUGUGCAGCAGGACCUCAAUGUCAUUCAAUCACAGCGGGUGAUAAUGGAGACGAUGAUGAACUUGAAGCGGCUACAGCCAUUUCUGACCUGCAUGGCCCAUCUCGAGAAGGUCUUGUACACCAUCAAAUUUCAGCAUACUGCAAAGGUCAUGGGCUAUGUUUGGGGUCCGGUUCGAUUUAUCCUCAAGACCACUAAUCCCACGGAGAGAGCAUUCGACAACGUACUCGACGUAUACGAGCAGCUAGGAAAGAAAAUCCCCCCGCUUUACGAGUAUACACGGCUCUUCACUGCACUGCCGGAGAGCGAGGGAUGCUUGCUGUUCAUGUACCAGGACGUUCUUACGUUCCAUCGGCUUGCAUACAAGCUCUUCUCUCUUCAGUUUAAUUUGUGGCAGAAACUGUACCAGCCAACCUGGAAAGCAUUGAGCCAUACGUUCAAGCACCUAGCGGACUCUCUGGAAAGACAUGGGCGGUUCAUACAAGCACACGGAUCAUCUUUCCGAAACCCCCAAGCGAACUUGGACGAAGGUGACGAGUUAGUGUGCGUGGAAUCUGGGCUGGAUAUUACUCAAGACUGGGGUGGUGCCAGGAUGGAAUUCUACCGCUAUCGCAACGAUAUGGACGGACGUCGACACCAAUUUGAGGAGGAAGAGAGAAUUAGGAAAGAAGACGAAAAAAAGAGCGUCAUGACGUGGAUCUCGGCCUCGAAGAAGACGCAGUCGCUUCACAAGAAGUUCCAAGGCACGAGAAUAUGUCCCGACACUGGUCGCUGGCUGUUCAGGAGGUAUAGUGAAGUCACUGACUGGAUGAAAGAAGACCAGCCUCCUGAGUCUGCUAUCUGGCUCCACGGCAGCAAGGGAUUUGGCAAAACUGUGUUAGCAUCGCUCCUCAUAGACGAGCUGAAGGAGCUGUGCACGGAAAAGAAGAAGUACGCGAUCCCACGGAAGAGCAAGACGUACUACUUCUACUGUCAGGAAGAAGAUCCCGAACAUCGCACUUAUCUUGACAUCCUCAAGGGCAUUCUCCAUCAGAUGGUCGACGCUGACGAAGAUCUCUUACCCCUCUGCGUUGAAAAAGCUGCAUCAAGCGGAAGCACAAACCUGGCAAACGCAGAAAUUGCCCAAACCCUCAUCGAGGCCUUCUUCGAGUAUAACUCCAGGCAGUACAUCAUUAUCGACGGGCUUGACGAGUGUGAAGCACAUGAAGAAAUGUGCCAAACUGCAACCUUCUUCAUGAGGCAGGUUACAAAGUGUGACAACGAGAUCAAACAGGGCCGACUGAGGGUUCUGUUCAUGAGCCAGCCGAUGCCGGAGCUGGCUAAGGAAAAAGCCAUGCCGGAAGACGAUGCCUGUGUGGAGCUCAAGUCGACCGACAAUGCGGACGACAUCAGGGCCUACGUGAAGAAGAGGAUCCCGGACUUCUCCGAGAGGCGUGCCACAAGUAGUGGUUUUAACCUUUCUGAAGGCGAUAGGGGGCAAAUCGAGAGUAUUAUCUGCCGCCGGAGCGAAGACAUGUUUCUCUAUGCCCAUCUGGCCAUCGAGUAUCUUCUACAGCAGCCGACCAAAGAGAUGCUUCUCGACAAGAUCAAAGAGGAAAUGCUACCCAAGGAACUCUCACAGAUAUAUGAGAAGCUUCUGGGCUCGGUUAGGACCGGGUUGUUGCAACUGGCAGAUGGUGAGACCCACUGGCAGAUGGCCAAGCUCCUCCUGGGCUGGCUGGUCUGCGCAAAGCGAGUCCUGAAAUGGCACGAAAUGCAGUCCAUUCUGUCUUAUGACCCGGUUAACCAAAGGGUUGACUUCGACAACAAGAUGCUUCGACAAAAUGCCAAGAAGUACCUCGGGUCAUUGGUGCACGUCCUAGACGGCGACCACAUCCGGAUUAUUCAUUCGACAGCGCGGCGCUACAUCGUCCAAAAUGAGCAUAUCAAUGAGCAAGCAAUCCAGUGCGAACUCACAAUACUUUGUCUGAGAUACCUGUGUCUCCUCAGCUUCUCGAACGGAUAUGACGAAUACGAGCGUCGAGACAAGGCUAAGCUCGGUUGGUUCUCUUUCCAAGACUACGCCUGUUCCCAAUGGCACAGCCACGUUGCCACGAUGAUUAUGGCAUGCAGGGACCUCUUUUUCAACGGGCAUCAUAGCCACGAGUACGAAGAGAAGUUUGGCUCUGCCUUGCAGUAUUUCAUCGACACGCAUCGUGCGGACCUCACGACAGAGCCUCACCCUGACCUCGAACAAACACCUUCCGAACUCGCCGGAUUCUCAGGGCUCUCAUUCUACGGAAACCUCGUCAUCCUAUGGAACCAUAUCUAUACCCACCAGAAGGGCACAUAUGACGUACGCAACACUGUUGGCAUCACUCAGCUCGACAAAGCUCUACAAGAAAAUAGACGCACACUAGAGGAGAACUUCACACCCAGCUCAGAAGCCUGGCUCAAUGACACGAUAGAGGACUACUACGGCCCCAACCUCUUCAAGUGCAAGCGCGUGCUGUGCAAAUUCUUCUAUCAGGGCUACGACAGAAAGAAGGAUCGCGAGACCCACGACGCGCGCCACGACAGGCCGUACCGGUGUCCCGUGAACUGUACCCUCGCUCCUAACGGCUUCUCCUCCAACAAGGAUAGGGAAAAGCACAUACGGACCUAUCACCCGGACCAGAGUGAAGGGCCGUCCAUUUUCGAGCCUAUGCGUUCUAGGACCGGGGAGCCGCGGUUCACCUGCGCCAUGUGCGGCAAGAAUUUCACGCGGAAGAUCACCCUGAAGGGUCACGAGAGGUCUCAUUUUGGGGAGCGUCCGUAUGCAUGCUCAAAUUGUGGCAACAAGUUUGCGAGGUUGAAUGAUUGUCGAAGGCAUGAGAAGAUUCAUUCAAGGAAACGGGCGUAA